GCCCCGCGUGAACACAGCCGCCAUUUUGGUGUCUGAUGAACAGGAGCCGCUGUUGUGCGGAGUCUUCAGACUCUCUCUCUCUUUUCUUUUUUAAUAUUUAACCAUAUUUCUCCCCUUUCCCCUCUGAAUUAAAUUCAUCUGACCAUCGCACCUUAUCGCCCAGCACCGCAGGAUUUGUGACGUCAUGGCAUCGGAUCACGUGAAUGGGAACGGCACUGAGGAGCCCAUGGACACAUCCUCCACCGCCACACACUCGGAGAACUUCGAGGCUUUACUACAGGCUGGGUUACCGCAGAAAGUCGCAGAGAAACUCGACGAGAUCUACAUCGCAGGCCUGGUAGCACACAGUGACCUGGAUGAGAGAGCUAUUGAAGCUCUGAAGGAGUUUAAUGAAGAAGGAGCGCUCCAGGUCCUGCAGCAGUUUAAAGAGAGCGACCUGUCUCACGUGCAAAAUAAAAGUGCCUUCCUGUGUGGUGUGAUGAAGACGUACAGGCAAAGAGAGAAACAAGGGACCAAAGUUACAGAAUCCAGCAAAGGACCAGACGAGACCAAAAUCAAAGCUCUACUCGAGAGAACCGGAUACACACUUGAUGUCACAACAGGUCAGAGGAAGUACGGAGGACCGCCACCAGAGUGUGUGUACACAGGCACUCAGCCCUCCAUCGGCACGGAGAUCUUCGUGGGGAAGAUCCCGCGGGAUCUGUUUGAGGAUGAGCUGGUGCCACUGUUUGAGAAGGCGGGGCAGAUUUGGGACCUGCGGCUGAUGAUGGACCCCCUGAGUGGUCUGAACCGAGGAUACGCCUUCAUCACCUUCUGCGAUAAAGACGCUGCACAGGAGGCCGUAAAGCUGUAUAACAAUCGUGAGAUCCGCCCAGGGAAACACAUCGGCGUGUGUAUAUCGGUGGCCAACAACCGCCUUUUUGUGGGUUCCAUCCCCAAGAGCAAGACAAAAGAGCAGAUCCUGGAGGAAUUCUCCAAAGUCACAGAGGGUCUGAACGACGUGAUCCUGUAUACCCAGCCGGACGACAAGAAGAAGAACCGCGGGUUCUGUUUCCUGGAGUACGAGGACCAUAAGUCUGCGGCUCAGGCUCGGCGGAGGCUGAUGAGCGGGAAGGUGAAGGUGUGGGGUACGCUGGUGACGGUGGAGUGGGCCGACCCUAUCGAGGACCCCGACCCUGAGAUCAUGGCCAAGGUGAAGGUGCUGUUUGUGAGGAACCUGGCGAACAGCGUGACGGAGGACAUCCUGGAGAAGACGUUCGGUCAGUUUGGGAAGCUGGAGCGGGUGAAGAAGCUGAAGGACUACGCCUUCGUUCACUUUGAAGAGCGGGACGGUGCCGUGAAGGCGCUGGAGGAGAUGAACGGGAAGGAGCUGGAGGGUGAAACUGUAGAGAUUGUGUUUGCGAAGCCACCUGAUCAGAAGAGGAAAGAACGCAAAGCACAGAGACAAGCGGCCAAAACACAAAUGUAUGACGACUAUUACUACUACGGCCCCCCUCACGUACCUCCGCCCCCUCCCAGAGGGCGUGGCAGGGGCGGAGCCCGAGGCGGCUAUUCGUACCCCCCAGAUUAUUACGGUUAUGAAGAUUACUAUGACUACUACGGAUAUGACUACCACGGUUACCGUGGUGGCUACGAAGAGCCCUACUAUGGCUACGAUGAGUUCCAGGGGCGGAGCCAGCGUGGACCGAGAGGCGGACCCAGAGGGGGACGUGGGGCGGGGCCUCCACGUGGCAGGGCCGGGUUUCCCCAGCGUGGAGGCGCAGGAGCUGCUGGAGGAGGCGGCGCAAGGAGGAGAGGAGGCGGGGUUCGAGGGCAGGGAAAAGGCCUCGAGAGCGGCGCUGACAAUCCCCUCUGAGUGAAGAGCGGCUCGUUAAAGCGCAGCUUCCUCUCAGACGACGCCGGAGGACACGGCGGUAAGAUGCACUUCCUGCCGUCCAAGUCCUACUUCCUGCCUUACAGGACACUAAAUAACCCUGCCACCUACACACUCCAUGAGCCAUGAGUUCACUUUAACUCUUCCUGUGUCUGAAACAGUGCCCUGUACACUACACCCUGCACACCAUGUGCACUAUCAACACUGCCCUGUGCGCGUGUCCCAAACCACACACUCUAUACACUAUAUAGGCCACUGUGGCGUGUCCCAAACCACACACCCUACACACUUUAUAGGCCACUGUGGCUUGUCCCAAACCACACACCUUACACACUUUAUAGGCCACUGUGGCGUGUCCCAAACCACACACCCUACACACUAUAUGGAUCACCAUCAGUCCAUGGGUAGGUUUGUCCCAAACCACCUGCCCUAUGCACUAUAUAGGCUUCCAUUAGUCCACUGUGGGCGUGCCCCAAACCACACACCCUACACACUAUAUAAGGGACGUUAUGUUUAAUGGCCACAGUGCAUUAUGGGUAUUUUAUAUACACUGUGUGAACACUAAGCUGUUUUAAUGUUUUGUGGGUAGUGCACUAUGUAGUGAGCAGGGUGCUGUUUCGGACAUGGUUGUGUUUAAUUGCCCCAAAGAGCUGAGCUGAGGUUUAUCUCAUUCUGUAAAUAAAUCUUUUGCACUAUGUAUGUUUUUUUUUCUGUUUAAAAAAAAAAAAAAAAAAAAUUAUAUAAUACAAAUAAUUUGUUUACUGCAGAUCUGUUAGUGCCCUAGAUAGAACCUGUGCACUAUAGUCUAUCAAAACAUUAAAAUGAAAACGUGUGAACAGAUCACUUGAGAAGUGAUGAGAGGAGUUUUACACACACAUCGUGAGUGUGUGAGAGAGAGAGAGAGAGUUCUAUCUGUGGCUCUGAUGUGGAGGUCUGCACUCUAAAGGCAUAAUGUGGUUUUUUUUGUGUUUUUUUUUUUUUUUUAAUUUUUUUUAUUUUUAAUAUUCUAAUAUUGUUUAAUGUCUUAGGUGGCCUAAGCGUUUGUGAAGUGGUUCUGUUGAGAACCUGAUUUUGUGUUUGUGAUGAAUUGUGUAAAGUUUUUUAUUUUUAUCUACCUCAGUGUGGAGGUCAUGUACAGACACUUUACUGAGCACACGGGGCUUUUCUACCGUUUUGUAAUCGUUAUUUAUGCACUGGGACGACGGCCUGCCAUCUGUCUGCUGUAUUAUAGUUCUGUUAGAACGCCAUCGUCUCCUGCCCCAGCGUGCGUGUGCGUGUGCGUGUGCGUGUGUGUGUGCGUGUGUGUGUGUGUGUGAGAGAGAGAGAAACUCGGACGUCGAGUCUAAACACGCCUGGCCUUGGUCUCCUCUCGGAGCGUGUUUGUAUUAUAGUCAUAUUUUUGGAUAAAGCUUUAGUGUCAGGUUUGUCAUACACAAACUGAGUAGUAACUUUUUUUUUUUCUUUUUCUUUUUUUUUUUUUUUAACACAAUGACUUCCUGUUUUUGUUUGUUUGUUUAGCAGGGUGCUUAAAUAGACAUGCACAACCGGCACUAGGUUACAGGGUAAGUUCAGCAUCAGGACAUGCACUGAGUGAUCACCUGGUGACACUAGGGGGCAGUAGAGUGCUCACCUUCCCCAGCACCUUAAACAUCAUUAACACUAGCCUGGUUACUAAUCAUUCUACUCCUUACACACUUCCAUCAGCAGACAGGAAGUGAUGUGCGUAACCAGGAAGUUCACUGUGUGUGAUGUCACUAUGCUGGAUUUACUUACAGUUGCCUCUUUUUUAUUUCGUCUUUAAUAAAUCUACAGCCAUGUCGAUUCUGGGGUGUGUUAGUGUAGCAUUGUUAGCGCACAUGCUAGUGUGUUCCAGGUUUAACAGGGUGAAACAGGAAAGUAUGCCAACUUCCUGUCAGACUGAUUUUAUUUUACUGUCUUUAUUAUUUAAUUUUUUUUAAGGAUGUCACAAAUUUGAAAUCAACUGUUGACUCUUGGUGCUUUUUUGUUUUGUUUUUUAAAAAAAGUGUUUUUUUUUUUGUUUUGUUUUGUUUUUUUAUACCUUAUGGCAAAUAAAAUGUUUUAUACAGGAAAA